AUGGACAACCAAUACAACUUGGUGGAAGAUUGUUGGAUGUGGGGCAGUCAGAGAAGAAUUAUUUCAGGAAACUAUAGAGCUAAUUACAAUGUCUGGAGAAGAGUGGUGGUAAGAGGGGAUGGUUGUGGGCAAACAUACUGUCAAGGAAGUGGUAAUCCUAAUGUUGGUUUUACAGUUUACGAUUCUCAUGACACAACAGUCGAAAAUAUGAUCAUUGUCGAUAGAAUUUUAGCAACGGGAGAUUACCCUGGAGCUGAUUUUGCAGCUGCUCAACACACCAAUGACAUCAAAUGGUACAAUGGUAGAAACAGAUGGCUUGGAUGCAUCACUGUAAAUUGUCCAGAUGUUGGCUUUUACUUGGAACCAGAUUACACCCUCGAUCCAACGUUCUAUCUCAAGAACUGUGUUGCAGUGAACACCAAAGAGACUGGUCUCAAUAUUGCAAGAAAAGCAUCCAAUAUCACUUACGAAAAUGUCAUGGCCAUACGUUGUGAAGGUGACGGCAUUCGUGUGAGCCCUGAACCAGGGGUCGUCAGUGGAGUGGUCAGAAAUGCUGUAUCGUAUGGAUCUGGUCGUUAUGGAAUUAACUCUCAAUUCAAACCAUCCUAUGUAAACGUUUAUGGUAGUGGAGUGUCUCCCUUCCAACAAACAACACCAACCGUGGGAGUCUCAUUGAGUGAUCCAACCACAAGCUCACCAGUGGCAUUGAAAUAUCCAGUUCGAAUUGAAAAAAAUUCAUUCCUCAGUAAGACAGGUUACAACAACGAAGAUAUUGGUGCAAACAUUGUUGUCAAAUAUGGUUUGGAUGGCACUCGAUUUGGAGAUUCUAAUGUAGAGUUGUUGACAGCAAAUAGUUUAUGGCCAUGGCCCAAUGAAGAUCGUAUCAAAGCAGAGAUGUGUGCUAGCACUACAAGAGGAUUUUGUUCGAGUGGCAAACGGUUGGAUGGAGUGAAUGCUGUAACUUUAACUUCCUAUAUUUGGGAAAUUUUAGGAAAUCCAAUUCCUACUGAAAUUUAUCAAAAUUCGAACACUUCUACAACAUGUUUUGGAAUUGACUCUACAUCUGCUCAAGUAUGUUCUGGACAUGGAGUUUGUGUGAGUUUAGAUUCAUGUUCUUGCACGGGUGGUUAUACUGGAAGCAAUUGUGCAACGGCACCUGCCAUUACUUGUUUUGGCAUUGCUCAAGGAAAUGCAAGUGUUUGUUCUGGUCAUGGUAAUUGUGUAGCCAACAAUCAAUGCUCGUGCACGGGUGGGUAUACUGGAAGCAAUUGUGCCACACCACCUUCGAAUGCGAUUAGCUGUUAUGGUAUUGCACAAGGAAAUUCAAGCGUUUGUUCUGGUCAUGGCACAUGCACUGCUCAAGAUCAAUGCAAUUGUAAUUCAGGAUACUCUGGAACGAAAUGUGAAAAUGUCAAUCAACCAAAACCAUCUCCAAUUGUUUCGAAAAGUAUUCGAAAUUUCAAUAGCACUACCAGGAAUGAUUCGAGUGCGUUGUUUGAGGGAAACAAAGUUGUGACAUGGGGAUGGAUGAUUCUUGUGGUGUUCAUGUUUGUGGAAUGGUGGAUGUAA